UACGAUCAGCCAUUAAGUUAAGAGAAGAAAAGUCCGUCUAAAAUGUUUGUCCGACCCUGGUUGAAGCAUGGAAACGUGAAUAUCAUUUUUUGCGAAAGUUAUUUACGUUCACCCCAAAAAUCUCACUUUUUGAAGCUACAUGUCAAAGAAAGGGGUUUGCCAUUCGAAAAGACUUCCCAACCAUCAACAGUUGUUCUUACACCUGUCUUGCCGUUUGAAAAGCAGCAUGUCUGAGGAAUUACUACAGAGAGUGAGAGACCUGGAAGGAGAGGUGGACAGACUAAAAGCACAGCUUCAGGAUAAGGUCAAGGAAGGUGCUGAGGACGUGAAUAUUGACAUUGAUGACAUGAAGGGUAACAGCCAGACUAAUGCUGGUGUCAAGAAAAAGGGAAAACGAGGUAGUCAGGAACGACCGUUUGAUUUCUCGGCCCAUCCUCGGCGCCAUGUUGCACUCCGCUUGGCUUACCUUGGCUGGGCCUACCAGGGUUUUGCUGUCCAGGAGAACACGGAAAACACUGUGGAAGCCAGACUGUUUGAGGCACUUCUGAAGACUCGACUGAUUCAGGAUCGCCAGAGUUCAAACUAUCACCGCUGUGGACGGACCGACAAAGGAGUCAGUGCCUUUUCCCAGGUCAUAUCUAUAGACUUGCGCUCCACUCAGUUUUGUGGAGGCGUAGGAGUGACACUCCCGGCUAACGUUGAUGUCGAUGUCAAGAACAAAGUCGACUCGGCGGAGCUCCCUUAUGUGAAGAUGCUGAACAGAGUCCUGCCCCAGGACAUUAGGAUUCUCGAAUGGUCCCCUGCAGUGGAUGGCUUCAGUGCACGCUUCGACUGUCAGUCUAGAACCUACCGCUACUACUUCCCACGCGGGGCUCUUGAUGUGGCGUUAAUGAAGGAGGCCGCCAAACGCUAUGAGGGCACUCAUGACUUCCGCAAUCUCUGCAAGAUGGACGUGGGCAACGGAGUUCUGCAGUUCCAGAGGACCAUCCUGUCUGCCACAGUCCAGCCUGUCCAUCAAAAUCACCUGCCUACCGAUACUGACCCAUAUGACCUCUUUAUGUUUGAGAUAAAAGGACUGGCCUUCCUCUAUCACCAGGUGCGGUGCAUGAUGGCUGUGCUACUGCUGAUUGGCCAAAAGCUGGAGGCUCCUGAGAUAAUAGACACACUUCUGGAUGUGGAGAAGAAUCCCAGAAAACCUCAAUAUAGCAUGGCGGUGGACUUUCCCCUGGUGCUGUUCGACUGCCAUUUUGAGGGGUUGAGCUGGCGUAGUGAGACUGAGGAGUCGAACCAUGCCCUGGCCACGUUUCAGCAGCACUGGACCCAAGCGGCUGUUAAGACCCAGGUCCUCCAUGGCAUGAUCAGAGGCCUGAAGAACACAGGUGGGACCUCCUCUCCCGAUUGCUGCCUGAUGGAAGGGACCAGACAACGCACCUAUCGACCAUUGCUGGAACGUCCAUGCUGUGAAAGCCUGGAGUCCAGGAUAGAACAUUUUGUUAAAAGGGGCCGGCUUGAGCGAGAGGAAGGGGAAAAUGGUGGUGAAACCGUACACAAGGGCAAAAGGUCAAAGCAGUCUCACAACGCCUCCAGCCUUUCCGUUCUCCCCGAUGUGUCAACACCUGUUUGACCCCAGCUGCAAUAAUGAACCGCAAGAUGGAAGCCUGCCAAAGGCAUUGGACUAGUUGUAUAAUUUUGACUGUUUUCGGAAUCCAGUUACUUUUUGUCUUAAGGAAUGGACAAUGAAUUGUAGGCUUAUUUGUUUCUGGAAUAAAUAAAUUGUGGAGAAUUGU